AUGACCUCCAACGCCCUCUCCCCAGAAUCUGCGGCUACGAGCACCAACAGCGGCUUACAACGUCGACCAUCAACAACAGAAGUCAUUUCUGCCUUCAUCCGCUCAAAAACACUGCGUAGAAGCAAAAGCAACCGCCCCGCUAUCGUAUGGCCCCCACCGUCCUGGAAUCUCGACGAGACCCUCAACAAUGGUGCAGGUGCUUCCGGGACGACACCCACGCCAGAGCAGCAAAUCGACGAAACAGAGCCAGACGAUAUGCCUGAGCCGCGUGAACUUGCGCAACGCAUUAGCACCCUUAUCGAGUCGCUGCCUCCGCCGCCCACCACGGACGCUGUCGACCCCAAUGGCCCGCCGUUGUCGCCGUCUGUCGCAAACGACCCACGUUUGGUGAAGCUGUUGGCAAAUCAGCGUGUCAUGGGUGGAUCCACCUCGUUGGGCCGCCAAAGUGUGUUCUCUAUGCUUGAACAACUCAAACAGCGACACGGGCAUCUUGCGGGGAGUAGCAACAGUGAGGAUGACCGCGAAGAUGGCGGGGUGAUGAUGUAUAGCCCACUUGAGCCAACAAAGGACACAGAAGUCGAGAUUGCGGAGUCAGAGAUGGUCCUCGAAUACUUCGACGAGCCAGAGCCAGAGCCAGAGCCUGCUAAACCAUCUGGUCCAGCUCCAGCUACUGACAAGCCCCCGACAACUCCUCCUACCCAAACCCCGAAUCCCAGCCGGGCAAAGAAGCAAAAGGCUCGACAACAUGUUCAUUGGGUGCCCUCUCGGACCAAGGUUUCGCUACAGGUUAUGUGGUGGGGCUACCGCCUAUAUCUCCCUCCCCCAGUCAUGAAGAAGUUAGACGACACCCACCUAUCUGCAGCGAAACGCGGGGCAAUGCUCAUCGCGGCGCUCAAAUACCUCCUGGACAAGGUCCCAAUGAUGCUUGUUCCACCACAAGUCCGGCCCGCAAUGCUGUUGCUCAAGCGGUUGGCGCCGUAUCUUGGAUAUGUUGGUGUGUUUGUUGCCUGGAGUUGGAAGGCGAUAAAGGAGAGGGACAAAGGCGAUGGAGUCGUUCUUACGACGACUUGGCUCUUGCCUGUGGCGCUGAUGCCUUCGACAUUGAAGCCCAAGGACUACCUGCGUCCAGGAGAGAAGUUGCCGGCGAGCGAAAGUGACGUAACCCAGAAGCCUGACUCUUCAGACUCAGCUUCGGCCCAAGCUGAGUCCGAAUUGAAAUCUACACCAUCAACGUCGAAGGAGAAAGGGAAAGCAGCCUAG